GCCCCAACUCUCUCCUUAAUCCGUUGGCAAACAGAAAAAAUGGCUGAAAAUUCUGACUGCGAAGCGAUGGCCGCGGAUUUGCUGAGCCAAUUUCAACGGAUUUUAGAUUCCGACCCUCUGAUCGAUGAGAUUGGAUUUAUACACCCGUCCCAGAUUACCAAACUAAAUGAAGAGGCGGGUAGUUCUGAAAGUGCUACCAAUGAAAUUCUGGGGAACAAAAGUUCAGAUUUUUGGCUACAAGAUCAUAAGUUGGGCAUAUCAACGCAGAUCCUUCAUCCUUUGUAUACAGUAGCUAGAAACACAUUUAUGGCUGCUAUUAGGAAAUAUAGGAGCUUUUGCAAGCAAGACGAUCAAGCCGUGGCUGGAAAUUUUUUAUGUGGAUUAUCUAAUUCAUUUAAUAUUGUUGAAAGUGAGGUCAUGAAGCAUAGCAGGGCUCUUUUGUUGCUGAGCUGUGAUUUCGGCACUGCAUGGAAUUCCAGGAAAUUCGUGUUGCCAAAGAAACAACAUCUCUCCAUGUAUUUGGACGAACUCCUCCUGUCAAAGCUUGUACUUUCAUAUUCCCCCAAGAGUGAACAAGCAUGGAGUCAUAGGCGGUGGGUGAUCAAGCUGCUUGUUCAAAAAGGCUAUAAUGUAGAAGAGAUUUUGAAGAAAGAAUCUGAGCUAGUGGAAAGAAAAGCUGAGAUGUCAAAAAUGAAUCACCGUGCAUGGAACCACCGACGCUGGUUAGUUUCUUACAUGUCAAGAGAACAGGUGUUGAAUGAACUAAAGGAAACCAGAAAAUGGGCAGCGUUGCAUGUUGCUGACAAUUGUUGCUUCCACUAUCGCAGACGGCUCAUGCUCAAAAUGUUAGAGGAAUCAACUCGCACAGAAUUAAGUUCUGGUCUCAGCAUUGACACUUAUCGAGUGUGGAAGGAAGAGCUUGAUUGGGAUGAAAUGCUGAUAAAGCGAUAUAUUGGAAGAGAGGCUUUAUGGAUUCACCGUCGAUUCCUUUCGCUGUGUUGGAUGAGACAUUUUGCAUCCAAUCUCAAUACAUAUGAGCAAGAGGGGGGAAUAAACAACGAUGUCCUUUUCUUUACAGAAAAUGAAUCAAAUCUUGUGAAUUCCUGCUCAUUUAUCCUAGAUAACAACUUCGAGGAUUAUCAUGCACAAGCAACAUAUUCUGCUGCAUAUCUCUUAUGGUUGAUAAAGAACUGUCCAAAGCCACAUGUGAUCAAACUGGAUGAGAAGCUUAGAGCAUGCAAUUUGAAGACUCUGCUUUACAAGGCAUGCCCAGAAAGGUAUUCACUUUGGGAUUCUUUAAUGGAUUCCAUUGAAAACUCUGAUUAAUAAGUUUGAAAAGUCGAUCUCAACUUUGAUUUCAUUCCUUCCCCAAUGAUAGUGUAAUUCUUGAUGUGAUGUAACUUAUGAACUGUUGUGAAAUAACUGGAUUGGUUUCGGUUUGAUAUCGUAGUAGAUAUCGAAUAAGCUAAAACAUGUAGACUUUGGCAAAUGAAAUUUGCAGAUGGAGAUAUUUGAAGCAUUAUGCUGCAAGUAGUGUUGUCCCUUCA